UCUGAUAAUGUGGUGCACACCAUUUGUGAAGUCAGACCACAUGGCUGUUUGAAGAGGUGGAUUUCUUUGAAUUUGAAGCAGAACUGGAGCUAAGGAUGUGAAGAAUGGCUGCUAAUAUUGAUGGAUUCGGUGCGGUGACUUGGUGGGGGUUCUCCCCAGCACUUGACCUGGGUGAUCUGAAACAAAAAGGUAUAGCCAAACAGGGCCCUGCUACAGAUCCUCCCACAGUCCAAUCAGAUGUGGUCAACGUCCUCUUGGUUGGAGCUGCUGAUUUGCGGCAUGUGUUUAAAACACUUGUACACUCUCAUAAGUACACCAACAAACCAGUACAUUUUUAUGUAGCCGAGGGUUGUCUGGAGGUGUAUGCUCGCCAUCUGCUUUUCUUGUCUCUACUGUUUGAGCCUUCGGAGAAAAUGGGACUUCAAGAGAGGGUUGAGUUGUUUCUAGAGCUCUAUGGCAACACUCUGGUGAGACCAGCCACUGCUGAUUACCUCAGGGAGAAGGCGUCUCAACUCAUCAAGAUGGUGACUGAUGAGGAAUAUUUGAAGCAGUGUGUGCCGAUCCUAGACAUCAGUCUAUUAAAGUACAAAGAGAGGGACUUUCUAGAGAGCAUCUUCAAGUUCUGGAGAAACAGAGAUGAGAAGUACUUUGAUGUGGCCAAGCUAUGGGAGCAUCGCCUGAGGCAGUACCUGGGUCAACGGUACGACUCCAGGAGUGGGGCGUUCGAUUGGGACUACAACAUGCACCUCUCCGACAUGGCUCCAGUAGUCGGUUCCCGUGAGUACCAGGGGUGGCGAGAGGGGGGUGUGGCAUUCAGACUGAGGGGCGACGCCCCCUACACCUCGUCCAACAUGACUCUCGCCUCUGGACUAUUACUCAAAGAGGGCGCUGACAAGGUGGCAAGACGUGGGUACUGGGGGGACAUAGUGUCCAGUCCCUACCUCUCAUUUGGGGUGGAGUCUCACAACGAGGAACUGUUCACCAGACACAACGGAAGACAUAUCAAGACGAGUAGUGACGUCUCAGAGUACAAUCUCCUGUCUUUGUUCCACCGGCUGAUAACUGGGGAGGAGUAUGCCCCGCCCACAACCACUGCCGAGCAAGAAACAAGUCAAAUGGGGGUCAUUGAGGAAAUCGAUGAGGAACAGGAGGCAGUAAUCAACGACAAGACACCUGGCAGCGAGCAUAGUCUAAGAGGACCUCUGUUCAACGGGUCGUGUUCUGUGACUCUGCUGCCCCUUAAUUCUCCCUCGGAAAUUGGGAGAAAAGAAAAAUUCAAACAACUCUUUGAUGUUGUCUACCUCUCUAACAGUAUGGUACACCACCUCGCCAGUGGCAUACACACUACCUUCUCACCUGGCUGUACACUCGUCAUGGAAACAGCAAAGUUUAUGCUGGACUUGAAGAAAGACAAGAGAGUGGAGUAUGUACAGAAGAUCACCAGUAUGGCCACGUCAGUUGGCUUUAAGAUCCCAGUACUCCCCUCAGAAGACAACCCGAGCCACUUAGCAUUUAUCAGGGACACUUAAUUAAUAAUUAUAAUUAUGCAACCUUAUAAUUAUACUUUCACUGUAAAAAUUAAUUAUCAUGUUAUUUAGUUACUCAUA